AUGUCCACGUCUAUUACUAACUAUACUCGAGAAACCUCUGAAAGCAUUCCAUAUGCUAAAUAUUUCGAUUUUUUCCCAUGUGAGAAGUGGGCACUCGAUCAUUAUGUAGCCUUGAUUACUGAUAACUAUAAGUUCACUGAGAAGAAAGAGGCAUAUUGUACUUUUUAUAUUACCUUACAUAAAAUUAAUAAUGAUCUUUGCAUGCCUCAAGAAGUUCGUGACAUUGCUCAAAAUCUUAUAGAGAAUAGUAAGGCUGAUACAGAGAAAGUAAAUAGCUUAUGGAGGAAAGCUAGCAAAGCAAGGAAGAUGUCACCACCACCAAGGGAUCUGGCCACAAUAGACGCUCCUACAAAGAAGCAGUUAAACACUCUGGAAAUAAUUAAAUCUGCUGUCCGUGUAUUUGACCAAAAGACAAUAGCCUUAGACUCUACCCGCUUCUAUAAAUGUUCGAACCAUUUGCAAGUAGAGUCCAAGUGCAAUGAAUGCGUCUCAAGAGAGAGUGUUUACGAUGCAGAGAUGUAUAGAAUCCUGCACAAUUGGCUUGCAAAGGUGCAUGGCUUCGAAAUAACUGGCCAGUGGCAUCUUGAAGGGAUUGGCAGUGAUGGAGACUAG